GCACACGACUAGAGGCGCGCACAGUCCGGCACAGUCCACUCGGCGAUACGACCCAUGCUGGACCGUCGUCGCUCUGGUCCACGCCGGCAUCAGGCAUCCAGCACCCGCGCCGUCGCCACCAGGCCGCCGCACCAGACAGUCGCCCGAGCCGCACCAGCCGACCGUCAUCGGGGCCGUACGUCGACGAGGACGCGGUGUCGUCGCACGUCGACGUCGACCUCGCGUCAUCGUGAUCGCGCGUGGUCCACGGACCGCGGGUGCACCACGCCGACUGCCGGCUAUUAAAAAUAGACAAACGAAACGAAGCUACAGAGAGAAGAAAGAGAGAGAGAGAGAGCGAGCAGGCGUCAAAAGGAUUCGAGGAUACCGCCGCCGGACGACGACACCGUCUGGGAACUUCGGUUCAUCGAACUCGCGCGACGCUCUUGUUUAUAUUUUCCCUUUUUUCUUUUUGUUAAACCUAUUCUCUUUCCUUCCGUAUCGGCGAAGGUGACAGCAGUGAGGGAGAACGGUCAACGAGAGGCAAUACCAGCAGAGGCACCAGCAACGGAUAUCGUGAAUUUAUCGGGGAAUCGGCAGUGACUGUGAACUCUCCGUUGACCGCCAAAGUGCCAAAGUGCCCGCGUGUCAGGCAGGUGCUGCAGGAAAAUCGGCUGGCGGCCAGUCAGACACUACUGUACCAUCCGUUCUCGCUGGACGAGCACGUAAACGACGUCAUCCCGCACCUGUGCGAGCCGAUCGUUCCGGUCAGUUAGUCACUCGGUCAGAGUCUGGUAUCGACACCAUCGUUCGCAGAGCCGUAGUGUCAUAUAUGUCGCGCGUAUUUCUCGCGGUGGUGAACGCGGUGCAGGCGCGGAGGAAUGCGGCCGAUGAGGAACAUGAGGACCGACAUUAGUUGACGAACAAGUGUCUAGGUUGCGGUGUCCAGGUGCGCGAGACAUAUCGGAUAAUCGCGUUCAGAAGAUAGCACGAUAGUCGCGGUAGAAAAGGAACUGGGCACGCGGCGUGUCCCUAAACAAAAAGAUAGAGAGAAAGAGAAAGACGUGAGGACAGUGUUUCAAUAGUUCCGGGAAAAAAAUCGGAUGGACCCUCUCGCGGAGGGCGAAAGCACGCGGCGGAGGUGAGAGGGAGGAGGGCGGAAGCGUGACGACGGCCGAGAUCGGGAUCGGGUCCCUUUGUCCUGUUGUUCUGCCACCGACGUGCGCUUGUCGCUUCCUCCUUCCUCAUCUCGUCCCCGCGGAUGUGAUCUAGGAGAUCGGAAGGUAGCAAUUGGCCUUUGGUUCCAGCAACAACAACAACAGCAACUGCAACCGCAACCCCUUUCCGUCCUGGACGCCCGGAGCUAAGGCUCGUUCAUCGAAACAAAAGAAAAAAAAAACAGUGUUACGCGACGAGAGCCGAAGAUCGCGAAACGCCACCAUGAGGAUCAAAAUGCCCGCGGUCAGGAUCGCGCAAGCGGAAACCUCGCAAAGUACCACGUCCCCAGACACCGUCCAAUGCGGGGGCUGCAGGGCGUCUUACCCCCUCGGAGAGAUCGUCCGAUUCAUCGAGCACAAGGUCAACCAUUGUCGGAGCACCCUCCAGGGCUGUCACAGUCCACCAGCGACGGCCGCGCCGGAGGACUCCGAUCCAGAGGAUGCCCUCACCUUGAAGACCACCGAUCCGGACUCGAAGCUAAAUUCAGUCCCCAGCAUCUCUGCGCCUAUCAACAAGAGGAGUGGUCGACUGGAGAGUCCCCCGACGCCUCAGGGGCCGGGACCGGAUACCGGAAGUCCGAUCGACCUCAAGGCAAGCGCCAGCUCGACGCCAAAAAGACGGACGGAAGCGCCAGACGAGGACAAGGAGGAUCUUCCGAAGAAGCAGAAAACCGAGUCUGUGGAUGCCGACACGAACACAGUCAAUUCCGAGCCAAGGUGGCUGCAAUGCUCUCAGUGUUCUCGGCGGCUGUGCUCGGCGUGGGAGCUCCUUCAGCAUAUACAGAGCAUGCACGGCGCCCGCCUCUACUGCUCCUCCUCCUCGUCGACGAACUCGUCGUCGAACACUCCGGCGCCUAGUCCACCGACGCCUACGCCGACGCACGCGCACCAUCUAAGUCCGCCGAAUCAUCUGAACCUAAGCGGCAAGUCCACCGGAAGUUCCUCGGCGGCGAACUCUUCCGGCGGUACGAAUACAAGCGGCAGUAGCGGUAGUCGACAGCAGCUUCAGACCUCGUCUCUGGUGGGUGAUCCCCUCCACAGUUUCUUGAGGCUACCUCAACACUUGGAGCGAAGUUUCCCACCCAUGUUCAGGCCCGAUUUUCUCACCCUGAAUCCCUUGGCGGGAUAUAGAGGUCUUCAGGAAUUGCAGACAGCCACGCGGAACCUGCAAAACCUGGGCGACCCGCUUCGCGGUAUGGAUGGUUUAAAUCUGGGCGAUCCACUGGUGCGUAGCUCAUUGGACUCCCUGAACAAUGCUCGAAAUCUAGCGAAUCUAGCUGAAUUAUCGCACGGCCGUGGCCUCGCGGGCCAAGCACAUCCACCACCACUCGAAGCGAACCUGGAUUUUUACUCAGCGCGCCUAAGGAGCCUCGCUAAUCCGUCCUUAGGCGCGGCUCCUACACCUAGCGUAAAUUCCACGACGAAUCCCCCUCCCCCACCGGUACAACCGGUACCCCCGGUCCCCGUUGCCAGCGGUGUUUUGCAACAGCAGCAGCAGCAGCAGCAACAACAGCAGCAACAGCAGUCGCAACAGCAACAAUCGCAAUCCCAUUCACAGUCAGUGGAACCACCUAGUCCAGCCUCAGCCAAUCCCGCGAAUUUAACCCAUGGCAGUCAUCAAAAGGAGAACUCGCCGCCCUGUUAUACUCAAAGUCCAGUGGGUCAUCACAACAACAAUAACUCGACCGACAGCGAGAAGACCAGCCCGCCGGUAGCCUCCACGCCAAUCAUCACCGAUACUUCGUCGGAGACGGUGUACACGUGCGAGGUGUGUGACAAGAAGUUUCGCUUCCAAUCAAACCUAAUUGUUCAUCGUCGCAGUCAUCGGGACAAGGAAAGGCAAUAUCAGCAACAAGAAAGCACGCAAGAUGGCCAAAGCACACAGGCGAGAUGUGAGGUGUGUGAGAUCGAGGUAGCGAGCUUUGCCGAGCUGAGGAAACACAUGAGGAAGGAACAUCAGGAACACUUGAAUUCGGCCGCCAGUCCGCAGGGCAGCGUCGAAACGGUGCCGGACGACGGGUCCAGCUGCGACGAGAACAUGGACCUAGACGAGAUGGAGGAGAACGAGCAGAAGAACGAGCGGGAGGACGCGGAGGAAAACACGCCGGAGGAUCUAAGCACUACUCAAGGGCAGAGCGGCGAGGAGAGCGGAGGUCGAAUAGAGAAACCAGCCAGCCUGGUGGGCGAUCUCAUGGAGAAGUUUGGUCUGAGCAACAUCGCUCAAUAUUCAGAGGCUUACCGACAAGCGUUGCAAGAAAAUCAUCGCAGUGGUUUCCUCAAAACCGAUUCACCGUGCAACCUCACUAACUCGCUCAACAACAACAAGGAGAAGGAAAGCGCUCUUUCGCCCACAAAUUUUAACUCCUCGACGACGCCGAAUAUUUUCUCCGGCCAAGGAUUUCCUAGGUCUUCGGGACCCGAUUUCGGGGGACUUUGGCUACCUAGUCCGCACUACUUGGAGAACAAUGAGUUCCGUAAGGCAUCCAAGGCCACAACGUCCACUUUGGCGCUCCAAGGCUUGCCGAGUCCGAUGCUGAAGAAGGAGCGGCACGGCCGAAACGACACUUGCGAGUAUUGCGGCAAAGUUUUCAAGAACUGCUCGAAUCUGACGGUGCACAGGCGGUCGCACACCGGCGAGAAGCCAUACAAGUGUGAACUAUGUUCGUACGCGUGCGCCCAGAGCUCGAAGCUAACUAGGCACAUGAAGACUCAUGGUCGGCACGGCAAGGAUACGUACAAAUGCCGCUUCUGCGAAAUGCCGUUCUCGGUGCCGAGCACGUUGGAGAAGCACAUGAGAAAAUGCGUAGUGGUGGUGCAGCAAGGCCCAAAGUUAGACAUACCGUACCCAGUGAUCAAGGAUGAGGACUCUUCACUAAGCAGUAAGGAUACUUGAUCCUGGAACGGAAGCCUACCGCCGAUCCCGCCGCUGUGGCCGCACAGGCCGCCUUAUCCGGUAUACUGAAGACGAGGGAUCUUCCUCUUCAGGCACCUCAAGAGAAAAAGAGAUACCUGAUGAACAACCUUGUCGCGUAAGGCCGAUUCGAUUUUAUCGAGACGGCGCGACCUUGGAAGAAUCUCUUGAAGCGGAAUCACUUCCGGGGUCACCUCUCGAAAGUAAGAGAGGUGGUAGGUGAUCUCGAGAAUCUCCGACCGAACCGGCCUGGAAACGGCCAGUCGAGUCGAUAGGUUAGAAAAAAAUUUAUUAAGAGCUGGAAGAUCUAGCGAAGCUCAAGGAAGAAAGGAUUCUCACAUUAUCGCAAGGAUUGGACACCAUGCGAGGACAAUGUCCAAGUGAUACGAAAACAAGACGGCAGAAUAAAGAAAAGAAGGUACUCAAUAAGAAACUUUACUCCGCGUUUUAACUCACUAGAAAACGAACGAAUGGUUACCAGUUUGCAAGUCUCAGCACACACAGCUACUUAAAUUAUAUAUAUAUCUCUAUAAAUAUAGUUUAUAAAUAACAGGAAAAGACACUAUAAAUAUAAAGCUGCAUAUAUAUACAUACAGAUAAAGAAUAAAUAUAUAUAUAAAUAUAUAUAUAUAAAUAUAAAAGAAAUGCAAAUACAAAGAAUAUAAAUAUUAUAAAUAAGAUAACGAACAAUAGUUCGUGACUUUAUUAUCGCAUUUGAAGAUUAUUUAUUUAAUAAUAGAUAUAUAUAUAUACAUAUUGUAUAACAUAAUAUAUAUAUAUAAAUAUUAUGAAAAUCUGCAACUCGCCGUGUACUAUAUAGAGACAAAUUGAAAUCUUUUUGUACAUUACACGACGUCACUUCGUAAGAACGCGUCAAUGGAACCGACGCGUCUUUUUAAAAUGCAUCGAUUUCCUUAGCACAAUAAGGAGAAACUGGAAAAAACCUCGAUGAUCCUGUAUGUACAUAUUUAAAAACAUCGACAUUCGAAACAUUGUUAUAUAUCAAUAUAUUAUAGGAUAAUUGAGAAUAUUUGGUUUAAGUAAUAUAUGAGAAAAAAAAGCUAGUAUGUAUAAACUCUAGCUCGAUCCUAUGUACAAUGUAUUAUACCUAUUAUCGGCGACUCUAUUAUCUUUAUUAAUAUUAUUAUUGCACUUAUUAUAUUGUCUUUAUUAUUAUUAACAUUAUUAUUGUUUUGUAACAUGAUUACUAUUGUCAUUAUUACUAUUAUUGCUAUUAUUAUUACCAUUCUAUUAUUAUUACAUUUGUCACUAUUAUCAUUACGGUUGCAGUGAGUUUAAGCGCCGCUUUCAUUAUUUUAUUCCGAUAUUAAAUUAUUAUCGCAGAUGUUUUUUAAAGAUUAAGAAAAUGCCAAAGUUGUUUAGGUUUAUAGCCGCUGAUUUUGCAUCGCGCGACGCGUCCGUCGAAGCGGAGGGAUCGGAAUCGGAAUCGGAAUUGAAAUUAUUCGGAGAAUGCAGCAACCCUUUACCGAAAACUAUCGUGAUCUAAACUGGUAAAUUAAUUCUGUGGACAAUUCUGGAAAAAAUACGCCAGUCGGGAAAGGUUCCUCCUUCGACGGUCGUCUCGCAGCCACGUCGAGAAUAUCAUCAGCGGCGCUUUGUUCGUUGAUUAUAUUUAUUGCCGUCGCGGGUGUGUCGAGCUGCGCGCAUCGGCUUUCGCAGGAUCGAAACUGUGAACGUUGAUCCUGCGAAAAUCGUCCCGCGGCCAGACCGAGGCGCAAUCAGAAUCGAAUUUCCGUUUUCUCUCGUUCUCGUCCAAGACUGAGGCUUUCGGGCGACGCGACGAUUGUUCUUCAAGUUUUUGCGUUCCAUUUUAAGUAGCAAAAUAAUCUUUCUUUCUACCCUUCCUUUUGUUUUCCUCAACGACGUCUCGUCGACGUAAACGUUUUCGAAGAGAACUGUUCCUAAAGAGAGAUAUAUAUAUAUAUAUAUACAUAGGCAAUAAGAUAAAAACGAAAAUAACUUCGCGAUGCGUGAACGACGGACGGAAUGCUAGUGUCGAUUGCGUGUCUCUAUGUGAUUUCAUUGUGCGUGUUAUCCUUCUCGUUCCAAGGAUGAAUGUUGCAACGUGCGUGCGUGAGUUCGAUGGUGAGAACGCGAAAGCAUAAUGGCGAUUAAAAAAAAAAAAAACUCAUAUCAGAUAGUUCUCUCGGUGUUAGACGUGUACGGCCCUAGAUAAAAAAAAAAAAUCUCUCGUUAUCUAGUUAAAAGUUUGUUAGAUCGAUUCCUGAAAUACGUACAUGCCAGGCUCCGCGUUUAUACGACAUACUGUAAAUAAUGGCACUGCCCGUAGCGAUGAUUCGGAAGCAGAGAAAGCCGCGUCGUCGAAAAGUUAUUCAAUGAUAAAUCUUAACAAGAAAAGUAAAACGAUAAUUUUAGCGGUGAUUUUUCUUUUUCUCGUGCAACAAGCGUGUUUUGUCGUUCGCAAGCGAUCGCGAACGGAGAUUGGAUCUAAAACGAUGGAGAUAUGGGGACAUCCCCUUCAAUCCCCCAUAGAAAAUUCGCGGAAUGAAUGAAGGAGAGAAAGAGAGAGAGAAAGAGAAAAUUUUUCGACGAAACAUCGUGUGUACAAUCGACGAAAUAAAAAUCCUGCGGCCACGUCACCAUACACGAAUACGCGUACUUUGAUUUUGGAAAAUUCUUCCUCCUUCUCUUCUUGCUUUUCUUAUUCACGUUUAUCCCACAUAGGACCAAAUUCCUUGCCUCACCGAAACAAAGGAGUGACAGGCGUCAAAUGCAAAUCUCGCGGCGGGCGAUCAGAUCGGUGGAAUGCGACGAGGACAUCAACGAAUUUAUGCGACACAAAAGAAAUAUCGUUAUGCUAGAGAGUGAGAUACGCGAUAAACGCUGCAGUCAUGAUGAUUCGUAACGCGAAUCCGAUGUGGAGAUCGCCACUGGCAAUUCCUCUUUGAUUCGCGGAACAUCAGCGUUUAAUGUGUAAUCUAAAAUAUGAUAUUGCACAGACUCUUCAUUAUCACGAUUAAUUGACGUAUUAACGAAUUAAUCCGACUGUCCCGUCGUGUCCUCCGGUUGGUUUCUAACGUUUCUACAGGGUAAAAAUCACGUAAAAUGCUAAAAGAUAAUCCCAGAACGAACGUCAGGAGUAUAGUCGAGCGAAGUAUCUAGGCAGUCGAUAUAAUUUAAAAGCUACGAAGUAUUUCCUAUAAUUAUAAUAAGAGAGAGAGAGCGCGAACGGAAGCAUUUUUUUCCAUAGAGUCGAUUACGGGAGAAAGAGAUGCAAGAGGGAUACGGUGUAUCGUAGGAGGGAAAUUGGACUUUUAGGAAAUCUUCUGAUCCAGGGUAAAUAAUCCGAAGCUCGGUUUUUAGGGACAGUAUGUGACCGGGUUAAACCUGGCAUUGAGCACUUUUAACCGAGGAUCGACAUUAAGGCAAUACGAAAAAUAAAAAAGGAAACCCAGGCAUCUCCGAGUAAACUCCGGCCGAGGCUUGCGACAAACGUUGGCUGAGCUUUACCUCGCAGGGGUCCCUAAUUGUAAACAUAGCAGAUACGGUGUAUGUCUUGUGCGAUUCAAAUAAACGACAUUGUUUUUAAAUAACCUA